GGAGUCAUGCUAGGCCUCACGGGGAGCAGGAUCGAACCUGAACCUCCUGAUGGGGGAUAUAAGCAGCCCGGAACAUUGCUCUGAACCACAUACAGCUGGAUUGCUUGCCCACACUGCAGCAGAUAUGAAGAUAAAAUCCUCAGUUGUCUGGAAAUUUACUUUAAUCAUCUCCCUGUUUGUAGAGUCCUGUCAUACACAGAAGCUGAAUAUCCACUGGGGUCCUCAGUCCAUGAUGUACUUGAAGGGCAAACAUGGUCGGAGGUUUGUGUCAGAGGAAGACAGCGGUGUUUUGAAGCAGGCUCUGCAGGGCUGGUAUGCUGUGCUCAGAGGCAUCCAGAGACUGCAGUCAAAGGAGUUUGAAAAACCCAGUCAUAUUUUGAGCUCAGAGAAAGUCCUCAUCGAGUACCUCCAGGAGAGAUGAGAGAGUCAGACUGUCUGCACAUGAAGGAAACUGACAAUUUACUGAGAACAUUUGCAAAAUAAAAUACUACAAUGCAGUGUCCAUGACAGACAAUGACACAAGUGCUACCAAAUCAGCAAAGAUACAUGAAAGCACUGGUGACCUCAGUGAAUUGUGGUGUCUGUUGUUGUAUUUUUCAUAUAUGUGUCCUGUAUGGGUUUCAGCUUGCUGUAUAUAAAGCACGAAAAAAACACUCAGAAUAAACGAUAGAAAGAUUGUA